GUUUAGUCUCUUUCUCUCUCCAAACUUCACUACACACAGCCUGCCACAAGCCUCUCUCUCUGCUCUAUCCUUUAUAUAUAACUGCUCACAAAGCUCACAGCAAAACUCUGUCUAACCAAUGGCACUUCCCGAAACACAAGGGGCCAUAACUCUCUCAGACGCCUGGGACUACAAGGGCCGUCCGGCCAAACGGUCCACAUCCGGUGGCUGGACCAGCGCUGCCAUGAUUCUAGGGACUGAGGCAUGUGAGAGGCUAACGACUCUUGGUAUUGCUGUUAACUUGGUGACUUACUUAACCGGAACUAUGCAUUUGGGCAAUGCUACCUCAGCCAACACUGUCACCAACUUUCUUGGCACCUCCUUUAUGCUCUGUCUGCUCGGAGGCUUCAUUGCCGACACUUUUCUCGGCAGGUACCUAACUAUUACCAUCUUUGCUACUGUUCAAGCAACUGGUGUGUCCAUAUUGACCAUCUCAACCGCAAUUCCUUCCCUCCGGCCACCAAAAUGUGCCGUCGGCAGCCCUUCAUGCACUCCAUCAACUGGAAAACAGCUGAUGGUUCUGUAUAUUGCUCUCUACCUCACUGCACUUGGCACCGGCGGCCUCAAAUCGAGUGUUUCUGGCUUCGGAUCCGACCAAUUCGACGAUUCAGACAAAGAAGAAAAGACCCAAAUGAUCAAGUUCUUUAACUGGUUCUUCUUCUUCAUAAGCCUUGGAUCUCUCUGUGCAGUGACAGUACUUGUGUACAUUCAGGACAACUUGGGAAGACAAUGGGGUUAUGGAAUCUGUGCCUGUGCUAUAGUGAUUGGCUUGACGGUGUUCUUGUCGGGAACUAGAAGUUACAGGUUUAAGAAACUUGUGGGUAGCCCAUUGACGCAGAUCGCUUCGGUGUUUGUCGCAGCUUGGAGGAAGAGACAUUUGGAACCUCCGUCCGAUUCGUCUCUUCUCUUCAACAUCGAUGACAUUCCCGGUGAAGCUUACCAGAAGAAGAAGAAACAGAUGCUACCACAUAGCAAGCAGUUCCGUUUCUUGGACAAGGCAGCCAUCAAGGACCCUGAGAUGUCAAGUGAAAUCACUAUGGUGAAUAAGUGGUACCUCUCCACAUUAACUGAUGUGGAAGAAGUGAAAUUAGUGAUUAGAAUGUUACCUAUAUGGGCUACUACAAUAAUGUUCUGGACUAUCUAUGCCCAAAUGACCACAUUCUCAGUGUCACAAGCCACCACCAUGGACCGUCACAUUGGCAAAUCAUUCCAGAUUCCGGCAGCCUCUCUUACCGCCUUUUUCGUCGGUAGCAUUCUCUUGACUGUCCCGAUCUAUGACCGGAUUAUUGCUCCGAUUGCCAGAAAAUUGCUCAAGAACCCUCAAGGUCUCACCCCACUCCAACGUAUCGGCGCUGGUCUAGUCCUAUCAAUAUUUGCAAUGGUAGCAGCUGCAUUAUCCGAAAUCAAACGAUUACAUGUUGCAAGGUCUCAUGGUUUAACGAAUGACGCAAACGCCGUUCUCCCAUUAAGCGUUUUCUGGCUAAUUCCACAAUUCCUCCUUGUUGGCUCCGGCGAGGCGUUAACUUAUAUGGGGCAGCUUGAUUUUUUUCUCAGGGAGUGUCCUAAAGGGAUGAAGACAAUGAGCACAGGGUUGUUCUUGAGCACACUUUCACUAGGGUUUUUCUUCAGUUCUAUUUUAGUUACUAUAGUGCACCAUGUGACAGGGGACAAGAAGCCAUGGUUGGCUGAUAAUCUUAACCAAGGGAAGCUUUAUGACUUUUACUGGCUUCUGGCAAUUUUGAGUGCUUUGAACUUGGUGUUGUUUUUGGUUGGUGCAAAGUGGUAUGUGUACAAGGAGAACAGGCUUGCUGAGGUGGGGAUUGAGUUGGAGGAGGAAGAGACUGGCUGCCAUGCAUGAGAGGAUUUUUCUUAAAAAGUUUGUUUUUGUUGUUGUCAUUUUUGUGCUUUGCUUUUUUGUUUUUUUAACUAGGUUUUGACCUUUUUAUGUACAAAAAGAAUGAAAAAGGAUAAAUAUAUAGAUAUGGGACUUGUUUUCUGUGUAUUUCUCACAUCUAGAGUAGAAUAUAAUGGAAAAUGUUUUUUUUU